AUGAAAUAGGGUUCUCCCAAGAUAGCUAUAACCCACUAGCCUUGAAAUUUAGUUCCUCCGUCACUACCCCCUCCUCUUACAGAAAACAAAAUCCAAUCUCUUUCGGUUUCGUUAAAUCGCGGGACAAUAAACUCCUCAGCUCAGCCAAUAAAACACUCAUUCCAGGGUUUCGCUAUUGUUCUUCAUUGAUUCAUUAGGGUUUUGCAUUCCCGAUUUUCCAAGAGAGGCCAGUUGCCUUUUAUCUAUAGCCAUGACUCAUGUUGAACAAGUUCCCUCGGGUGUUGUUGAAUCAGCAACCUCUAAAGCCAUGAUUGAUGCAGAACCAGUUCCUCCGGGUGUUGAAUCAACAACCUCUGUAGCCAUGACUGACGCAGAACCAGUUCCUGUGGGUGUUGAAUCAACAACAUCUAUUCCUAUAACCGAGGCCGAACCAGUUCCUUUGGAUGUUGAAUCAGCAACCUCUAUUUUCCGAGAGUUGAGCAAGGCAUUUAAUGAACUGGAAGCACAUACCGGUGCUUCUAAAAACAAGCUCAAGUUGAAGGAAAUUGAUGAAUACUUCCAGAACUUUGAGAAAUCUCUGAAGAAAGGAUAUAGCGAUUUAGAGCAGAAGGAGAAGGCAUUUGUGGAGAAGGAAUCUGAGGCACGUGCAGUGGUUGCUGAGAGAGAAGUAAUUGUUGCUGCUAAAGAACAAGCUUCGGUCGAUAGGGUUCAAAAGCUGAAGGACACUGCCGUUGCUGCUAUUCUGGAGGUGUGGGAGAAAUACAAGCCUGCAACUCCAGAGCCUGUUGAGGUUGCUAGCAAUGAAGCUAUAAAGGUAAGUGGUAGCUCAUUAAAUGGCGAAACAUAUUCACCUACAGAAGAGAAUUCCCCUUAUAGAUCAAGUGAAAAAGCUGUGGCUGUUGAUGUCCAGCCCCGUCCAGAGCUGACGCAAUUUUGCGCACAGAUGGAUGCAAAGGGACUUUUGAAUUACAUUAUGGAGAACCGCGAAAACAUUGUUGAGUUACGUGAGGAAAUUCCUGUUGCAUUGAAAAGUGCAACAGAGCCGGCCCAAUUAGUCCUGGCUUGCCUGGAGGGAUUUUACCCUCAUCUCGAAACCACCAUUACCACUAAUAGUCCCCGUCAAGUUGACAAGAGGGAUGGAUCCCUCCAGGGAAUGCGUAGAUCAUGUGUUAUGUUGAUGGAAUCUGUGGCCCCCUUGUUGAUAGGGGGGCCAGAGGACCCUGAUGCCAAUGACCAUCUUUUGAACCCUGAAACCAAGCAGCAAGCCAAGGCAAUUGCUGAUGAAUGGAAACCUAGGUUGGCUGAGGAGGACAUUGAUGCUUCCAAUGGAAAUUCAUUGGAAGCAGAGGCAUUUCUCCAGCUCCUUGCAACUUUUAGGAUUGCUUCAGAGUUUAAUGAAGAAGAACUUUGCAAGCUUGUUCUUGCUGUCGCUCGCCGCAGGCAGGCCCCUGACCUCUGCCGAUCUCUUGGGUUAACACACAAAAUGCCAGGUGUAAUUGAUGCAUUGAUCAGUGCUGGAAAACAGAUUGAUGCUGUCCAUUUUGUGCAAGCCUUCAAGCUCACUGAGAACUAUCCGCGGGUUCCUCUUUUGAAGACCUACUUGAAAGAUUUGAGGAGAAACUUGCAAGGAAGGAUUACCGCUGCAGGAGGAGCUGUUGGUGUCCAGAACGAAGCAAAUUCUCAAGAGCUUGCUGCACUAAAAGCUGUGAUAAAGUGUGUUGAAGAUUACAAGCUUGAAGCAGAGUAUCCGCUUCACCCUCUUCAAAGGCGCGAGGAGCAACUGGAAAAAUCAAAAGCUGAUAAGAAAAGGUUGGGCGAAGGAGUGAAGCAACAGUACCCUAAGAGAGCUCGAGCAAAUGGAGGUCGUAGACAUUAUGUGCCAAGAAUGCCAAUUUCUGGUAGGGAUCUGCAGCAAACUGCAUCAUUUUACGGAGAUAGGGGUGAAUCAUAUAUGGGAGCUUCAGUAGAAAGGUAUCAUCCGCAGCAUGUGGGCAGCAUUUCUCCUUUUGCUGAUUAUCACCAAAUCCCUCCUAACCAAGGUACUAGUGGCAGGAGUUAUGUUCAGCAGCAAGCCGUUACUCAGAGGGCUGCAUAUUACUAUUCCCAGGAUGAGAGAGCAACCACUACAUAUAAUGCCACUCCGACUCCUGCUAAUACCACUGCACCAAUUAAUAAUUACGGAUCAGGCUAUAUUGACAGUGGAAUUCAACCUUCCCAUCAAUCUUAUAUGUGAUACAUGGUAUCGUAGCAUUCACAAGAAGUCAGAUUUUGUCAACACCUAGAUAAUUUUUAAAAGAAUUAGGCACUCCAUUUGUGCUUUUGUCUCACAACUUCUCAGUUCAUUGUUAAUAGAUAGUACUUGUACUAUUCUGCUGUUCUCUAUACUGCUUCUGUUGAUAAAUUUCAGUGGUUUAUUUUGUUUUUCUUUCA